AUGGCAGAGCAACUCGCUCAAUUGGCGCGCGAGGUAGAACGCCUAGUUACCGCUCCUUACGUACCUUCGUUACAGGACCUCCAUGAUCUGGUGUAUCAUACCCGACCUUCAACAAUAGUCGCCUGGGCAUUGAGCAAGCCCUGCCAAGUUGGCCUAUUGGCGGAUGUUUUGAUUGAAGCUCUAUCGCGAUCACGCGUCGCUCUGUCUUUGAUCACUGCAUUCGCAUCUGCACCGUCCUUUAGAGAUGCGCUACUAGAACACCAUCCGGUGAUUUUGGAUGCCUUUUUAGGAAAGGCCCUGGAUGUUAACGGGACCGAGUAUUUCCCGGCAUGUAUUGCAUUAUUCUCGUCCCCCCUACCAGAGGGUGUUGUACCGCCAGCUAGGAUUGCACCAUUCAUCACGAAGCUGGUCAGCAUGUUGGCAGAGAAUCCCUGCGUUGAGACGGUAACACCUCUCCACGCUCUCAUCUCAGGACUCAAAGGAUCGCCAAGAAUCCUGAAUGACAUUCCGUCCGAGGUCAUGUCCAAUCUACAGCUAGAGUUCACCAAGACACUACGCAACCUCGACGAUCAUAUGGGCAACCUCCUAUGUCUGGCAACCUUUGCGCAGAUUGCGACCGCACUAAAUACAGUAUCUCAAAACCAACACGGAUCAGAAGCACCAUGGCUUCUUAACAUUAAGCACUUCUUUGGCCAGAAACGGGGUCUCAAGACACUCGACUUGGUCGUCUUGCGCGUUAUACUCGCCUGUUCCUCCAGUUGUAAUCUGGUACCGCCCCAGGCGGCUGAGAGCAUUCGGCUGGCUAUUUGCAUCGCUGAUGCAAUUGAGCCUGAGCAGAUACAGGCUUGGCUAGCAGGUAAUAAUCCUAAAAUUGCUAAGCUGUGUGAGAAGGCCGCCAGAGACGGUCUCCAUGGCCAAAUACAAACGAUGGUAAUCGUCUUUUUGCACACACUUCUCCCGACACACUCAUUGCCAUCCCAGCUACGAGAGCUUGGCAUAAAGGUUCUUUUGUCCGAGAACAGUGAAGAGACUGUGGAAAAAAUACCCCAUCAACUGAUUCCACGCCUCGCAAAAUCUUUAGCAGAAUCUGGGGAAACUGCCAGCCGUCAGCUUUUGGCCUUUACUUUCGAUCUCCUAAGGGCUGAUAAAUGGUUGGGGACAGGACAGCUUGCAGCACUGAACUUGGCACACUUUGUGUUAGCUGGUGUGCAAGAAGUACAUCCCGAGAUCAUGCUUUCUAGUAUUAACAACUCCAUGGCCCCUCUGAAGGCUGUCCUUGGGGAGAUGGUUGAAUACUUCCCCCGACAGCCAAGCGAAAACCAAUGCAGUGGCAAAGCAUGCUGUGUCUCCGAGCUAUACAUAAAGCAAAACAGGCUGUUUCUAUCUCUAUUAAGACUUUACAACAUGGCUUCGGGGCAAAAUGGAGGCGACAUUAUCAUGAAAUCCUUUAUACGACGAGUGGAGCAAUCAAUGCCGAGCCUCCAGUGUGCCUUCUUAACAACAACUCCCAAGGAUCUCCGUGGCUUCUUUGCCUUGCGCGACAGACAUGACCUGUCGUCUACUCAGAUAAACCGCGAUUGGCGCUCUGGAGUCACCGAACUCUUUAUGCAGAAUGCCCAGACCUCACACGAUAGCAUGAUGAGAAAGAUCGAGGAUAUGUGCUUUGAUUUAGAGGGUCGCUGUCACAAUGUUGAAGGACCUCUGCGAGCUGCCGAAGAAGAGCGGGACAGAUAUGCGAACGAAAAUGAACAACUGAAAACUCAAAAUUCAGAGUUAAAAGCUAAGUCAAGGAGCCUAUCCGACAGUUUUGUUGAACUUGGCCAGGAGAACACACGUCUUGAACAACUCCUUCAAGGUCAAUGCGCAUACACCGAUGAGCUGACUGUGUUGCUUGAAUCUGCACGUGAGGAGCUUCAGCAGCAGCAACAGAGUUCCGAGACAGCACUUCUUGUUGAAAAAGAAAAAUCCCGUUCAAAGGAACUGGAAAUGAUGGCUACUUUAACUGAGAAGGAUGAUCAAUUGGAAGACCUUCAGCAGGAGAUGUGCGGUUUGCAAAUGAAGAAUGAGCAGAUACGCGAGAGUCUUGACCAAGUAUCGAGUGAAAAGGCUACCUUGUCCGACCUCUCUAGCUCUCUGAAGCAAGAGCUUGAUAGUGCUAGACAGACAUUGAAGCAGACCAGGCUUCUUGCUAAUGACAAAGAAGAUGAAGUGAACCGCCUCCUAGCCCAGGAGGAAGAGUUCCGAAAGGAACUAGCGUCCAUGGAAACAAUGGCUGCACAGCAGAAAAUUGAAGUUGAGAGGCUCUAUUCCGCAUUAGAAGAAGCAGAGGAAAAAUCACGGAGUGAGAUUGAGAAGCUCAAACAUGACCAUGAAGCUGAAGCUUCCCGAGCCACGUCUGAGAUAGCGAAGCAUGAGACAGAAAACCGGCGAUUGCAUACUGCUCUGCAAGCUGCCGCUCUUGAUGCUUCUAGAGAUGCGCAGUCGAAAGACAAACGGAUCCACCACCUGGAGAGAAAGGUGCAAGCCUUACGAGAUGAACGUGCUGCCAAGGCCCGCGAGUUCUCAGAAGCACAACAACACAUUGGCCGACUAAUGGGUGUGAUGGGCUUCUCUGCCAACGCCCCUGAAUCAAACGCCCCUCCAAACAACCAACGAACCAGGUCCCCUGCCAACAUCACCCCAGCUGCAAGGAGCCUGCACUCCAUAAGCGACGAUGAAGAUGACACACAGCCAUCACAGUCCUUUGAAUCUAUGACCUCCAAUAUCAAUGGUCGUACCCCAAAACGACCAAGAGGAAAUCGUAAAUCAACAAACCGGCCCUAUGAUUUGACCACUUCCCCUGCUGCAGGUCCUAAGACAAAAAGUCCACCGGCUAGUGUCAUAUCUCGCUCUGUUAGGAAACCAUUGGCAGAGGCUGACCGUAACAGCCCGACGAAAUCACAGUUAAGCAGUGCGUCAAAACGUAAUCAGGUCGAUGAUUCUUUCCAAGAGACACAGGCUCAGGGAAAUUUGGAGGAAAAUAGGCUUCACAAUCUGGAUCUGGAUAUGGAUUUGGAGUUUUCUAGAGACUUCCUCUUUUCGAGUACGGAUUUUACCGGGUCAACGGAUCGGAUUGCGCAGUGA